AUAACUAUAUACGAGUCAGAAAGAAAUAGAUAUAGUAAAUUUACGUAACACCCAAAGUUCACAUCCCAAGUUUUAAAACGUCAAUUUGUUGAUAACCUGCAAAAAACGUGGAGCGUCUUCCAGAAAUUUCUAGCAUCGAUUUUAAUAUCGUUUCUACAUUUGCGAAGUCAGGAGAAAUCUUGUAAUUAAACAAAAUGAGUGGAGCUAUCAAACGGCUUGUCCCCUUGUUCGACCGCAUCCUCAUCAAAAAAGCUGAAGCCAUUACAAAGACGAAAGGAGGAAUUGUAAUUCCUGAAAAGGCAGCAGGCAAAGUUCUACAGGGAACAGUGGUGGCUGUGGGACCUGGUCAAAGGAAAGAGGAUGGCUCCCACAUUCCAAUUGAAGUUAAAGUUGGCGAAAAUGUGCUCCUGCCAGAGUAUGGUGGCACCAAAGUGGAACUUGAAGGAAAUGUAGAAUACCACCUAUACAGAGAAACAGAUAUUCUCGCCAAAGUUGAUGCUUAGACUGAAUAUUCCAAUAUUAAUAUUAACGUUGGUAUGAGUGGGACAUGAAUUAUUUUUUACUGAACAUUUGAGUGAACAAUGUUCAAAUAUGAUCUGUAUGUUUUUUCAAGUUUCUGAAUGUAAAUGUUUUUAUAAAACUAAUAUGAAACUUACACAUUUGUGAUUGCUGUUAAAUUAUUUGCAGUUGCAAAUGUUAGUGAAUUAGUAGUAAGAUUGUUAUUUGAUAUAAUAUAAGCAUUUAUAGUUUAAA